AUGUCUGUACAAAGUGUUGCUCUGGCAUCUCUCACGGCCACCUAUACCGACUCGGAGGGCGAGGACGGGGUGGAAGACGAGCGCCUGCAGGAGGAGAAUUCGAACACUCCCCAGGGGGCCGCCCCGCAUAAUGCCCAAGUCGGUCGUCAGCCCCAGGCCCGAUCUGGCACCAGUCCCAUAUCUGGAGGCCGUUCAGCCUCGCAUAGUCCCGCCAUCGGCAAGUCCGCUGGUAGUAGCGACUUGCCGGAAGCGGCCACGAAGGUGCAGCGAUUGGUCUCUUAUAUUGACGAUGCGGUAGUCUCCGACGAUGAGGGGGUGGCCGUUGCUGCGCCGCCGCUGUCGCUGCCGCCGGUGCCGUCGUCGUCGUCGUCGUCGUUGUUGACGGCGGCGGGCGCGGCGACCGUCGCGACGGUCGCGGAGCGCCCCGAGGAGAACGGUCUCCCGGUCGCGGCCUCCACCGGCAAUGUCGGCGCCACCACCGUCGCCGCCGCUGUCGCCGGCGCCGUCGUCGCCGUCGGCGGUGGCGCUGAGCGUCGGUCGCCCUCCUCGCGUCCCGGAGAAUUGCUUUCAGAUAAUGGCGGUGAGGCGGGGGACCUUUACGGUGUGGCGAUACCACCGGAACCGCCGGGCCAAUGUCCCGGCGAGCUGCAGGACAAGAUCGCGAGGCUCUAUAGGAAAAUGGAGAGCGGCGGGCUGGACAUGAACAUGCUCAUUCAGCAGCGCAAGGAGUUCCGCAAUCCCUCCAUUUAUGAAAAACUCAUUCAGUUUUGUAGCAUUAACGAGCUGGGCACCAACUACCCGCCGGACAGGUUUGACCCGUUCAAGUGGAGCAAGGACUCGUAUUACGAGGAGCUCGCCCUGGUGCAGAAGGCGGAGAUGGACAAGCUUGAGAAGGCGCGGAAAGAGAAGAAGAUCGAGAUCGAGAUCGUGUCCGGCACGGCGAAGCGGCCCAACAGCUCGUCCAGCGGCGCCGAAAAUGCGAAGAAGCGAAAAAGUAAGUGGGACCAAGUGGCGACCGGCGGUGCCGCCGCCGCCGCCGCUGUCGCGGCCGCCGCUGCCGCUGCCGCGACCGUCAAACCCACGGUGCUUCUCUCACAGCCUACCCUCACUACUAUCACGUCGUCCAGCGCCAAAUCCACCGUUUUAUCGACGACCAUCGGCUCGCUGCCGAAAAAGAGAUUGUAACAUAUCGUGUAAUUAAAAAUGUCUACUGUGUAAAUAAUGUCCAAUGCCCCUUUAGACAGUUAUGAGGCUGUAGAAAGGAAGGCGCAAUCUUUUGCGCCACCGGAGACUCUGGUCCUUGAAUCAUUAUUCUAACGUCUUACAAAACUCGGCGUCUCGUACCAGUAAGGAAGCUUCUUAGAACUGUGGCUUCAACAACGGCAGCGGGAAAGGCGCAUCCUUCUCGUUAACUUGAAAAUUUAACAAACGAGAAAAUUAUUAGAUAUUGCAAAUUUAAACUCCUAAAGAUCCAAGAAUUGAAAGAAACUCUGCGGAAUUUUGUGGGAAUCUUGUGAAAUUAAAACUGAAAAGUUGAAGAAAUGCAAGAUUGGAAUUACAAAAGAAGAAAGAUGUAUAAGUAAGAAUUAUGGAAAUUCAUACACGCGUGACUACCAUAACUCUGUGAGAAAUUGUGUUGAAUUCAUAGAUUCAAGUAAAUUUCUUACUCUUGUAUAAAAAUGUCCGUUUAAGAGCCAAUUGCAGAUCAAGAGAAAAUUCAACUAUUCUUCCAACUGAUAUUUCAAGAAUGCAAAAGUUAUGUAAGUUUAAAGAUUCAGCCAACCUAAAAAUUCAAGGACCGAGAAUCCAAGAAUUUAGCCAUUUACAAAAUAGAUAUAUUGUAAAUAUUGAUUACAAAUACCAUUUGUCUGGAUGUGAAGCGCAUCUGAUGGAAAAGGAAUAUUCUGGAGAUUUACAGUCUCGAAUUUUUAGAUUUUUGUAUUUUUAAAUCCUUGUAAGAGUCAAGAUCUAUGUAGUCCGUGGGUCUUUGGAUCUAUGUAUCCAAAAUCUUGAGUUAUAAAAGAUGUACGUGCAAUUUUAGACACAAACACUUGUGAAGAUAAGAGGAACUGAAAAGUUCAGAGAAACAUGUGCACUAAAUGAUGAGAACGGCCAGUAGUCUGAGAAUUCAAGGAUCUAAAAACCCAUGAUCGCUCGUAUAUUUCAGUAUAAGAGCCAACACUCAUAGUUUAAAACAUAAAUAUAUUGUAAAUAUAUUAAUUAAAAAAUGAUUUUCACAAGAGAUACGGACAUACUGGAGAAGAGAAUUGGAGCUUCGUGAACUUGGGUCCUUGAAUUACGAGUUUUUUUAAACAGAUUUUGUGUACAAUAUAUUUAUAAAAAAUAUAGGACAAUUUAUGAGGCCAUAAUUAAAAAAAAUUUAAGAGUCUGGAGAUUCAUUUGAUCCAAAGGCCCAAAAGUUAAAGCAUUUAGAAGAGACCUAUGGGUGUGAGAGUAACUUUAAUUUAUGCAUUUGUAAAUCUAGGUACAUCUUAAAAAGAAUAAAAUGUAUUGUACAUAUAUACUUAGACAUUGUAAUGGAACAUUGAAUGAUAGAACUUUGGAGUUAGGAAUCGAAAUAUGCAGCAGUUGUAAAACUUACAAACAAUUGCUAAAUGGAAUAUAGUUUAAAGACUUGGGACUAUUCAAGAAUUUAAAGCCAUACUCUUCAAAAUUUAAAGUUUUAAAGCGUACGCGUGUCGGUCUGUGUGCGUGUGUGUUAGUAUCUAUAUGUAUGCACAAGUUUUUUAAUUAAAUUCUUGAAUGGCCUGUUCUUAAAUUAUAUUCAUUUAGCUGUUACGUUCGAAAUCUCGAAAUCGAUAAUAUUCUUUAGUUCGUAUGUGUGAACUUGAGAAUUCAAGGAUUUAAAAAUUUACUGAGCUGAAAAUUCGAACGAAUGUCCAAAGAUUUAAAACGCCAAGAAUUUAAAAGCGAAGUGAGAAUUCAGAAACAUCGAAAUUCCUAACUUAGAAACCUGCUUAUUGACAAUCCAUGUAUAAUUUAUAAAGGCAGAUACGCUAUAGAUAAUCUAUGUAAACGAAGUGUUUCUUUACUUAAAUCGGAGAAGCUGUUACUUGUUGGAUCUCGAUGAAUAAUAGAUAUUAAUAUAUGUCCAUACAUUUAAUUUUUUACUUUUGUAUUUUUAAGCACGAGUAUCAUAUUACAAUAGUAUCUAGCGUGUACUUUGUUACAUUAAUAUAAAACAAGAUAAGCUACUUAUAGCUGAUAAAAAAAACAAAAGAAAAUUUGAUUGGAAGAAUCGAAGACUUAAAGUAAAAUUUUACUUGGCUUAAAUUUCUGCCUGUGGAUUCUUGCUUCGUAAGAUUUUUAAAUUCUUGGCUCAGAAUUUACAAAUUAUGUAAAUUUGGUAUCUGUUUUUAUCGUACGUAUGCAUACAUGAUUACAGACAAUGUGUAAACCGGAUUCGAUCAACCUCCCGAUGAAGAUCUACGUCUUAAGAAAAAAUAUGAGAAAAGGUUAAAUUUUUUUUCUAAGAAAGUAGAAAGAUUAAUGAGACAAGAACUUCUUUAUCGGUUACGUUUCUCUUUCUCUGAAAAAAAGUUUAAUUACAUUAUUUUUCUCACUUAAAUUGAAGAAGAGGCGCGCCGACAGUAAAUCAUAUUGUUUAGUUAUUAAGCACCAUAUUGGAUUGAUAAAAAAAAAUUCGUUUCUCUUCUACACGACUCUUACGCUAAGGAAGUAAAUACAAAAGAGGACGAGCGAAUCUUUUCAUCAAUCUGGCGUAAUUGUUAUUGUACGUGCAAAUGGUGAGUGCCAGGACGGCGACUAGGUAAAUGCGACGCCGCAUAAGAUUGAUUUAUUCGGGCGAAAUAUAGACGUAUUAGUAAUUAAAUAUUAAGUCUCAGCGUGCGACGAGACGGAUAGAAGAUUUAUGUACGUUAACGAUCGCGAGAAAAAUCGAUGUAAAACGCGCUGCAAGCUAGCGAGAAUUCAGUUUUUUAUAUGAGAAGAGUAAUGAAAUUCUUCCACAAAGGACUUUGUAUAUACACGCUCGUAUGUCAAUAGAGUAUGGAAUAUACAAUAUAUAAAUUAUAAA